AUGGUGCGCACGCAGAAGAACAAGGCCACGGCCUACCACCUUGGCCAGCUGCGUGCGAAGCUCGCCAAGCUCAAGCGUGAGCUGAUCUCGUCGAGCGGCGGCGGCGGCGGCGGCGGCGGCGGCCUCGGUUUCGAUGUCGCACGCACUGGUAUCGCCAGUGUGGGCUUUGUCGGUUUCCCGUCGGUCGGUAAAUCUACACUCAUGUCGGGUCUCACGGGAACGACGUCCGAGGCGGCUGCCUACGAGUUCACAACACUGACCACCGUUCCUGGUACCAUGACAGUGCGCGGUGCCAAGAUCCAGGUGCUCGACCUGCCCGGUAUUAUCGAAGGUGCCAAGGACGGCAAGGGUCGUGGUCGCCAGGUCAUUGCUGUGGCACGGACGUGCAACCUGAUCUUUAUCGUGCUGGACGUGUGCAAGCCGUUGAAGGACAAGCAGAUCCUCGAGGCUGAGCUGGACGGCUUUGGUAUCCGCCUGAACAAGCGCCCCCCGAACGUGAUUGUGAAGAAGAAGGACAAGGGCGGCCUGGCGAUUACCAAUACCGUGCCGCUCACCAAGAUCGACCACGACGAGAUCAAGGCGGUGAUGAGCGAGUACCGCAUCGCGAACGCCGACAUUGCCUUCCGCGAGGACAUCACCGUCGACGAGCUGAUCGACGUGGUCGAGGGCAACCGCCACUACAUCCCGUGCAUCUACGUCCUGAACAAGAUCGACAGCAUCUCGAUCGAGGAGCUCGACCUGCUGUACAAGAUCCCGCAGUCGGUCCCGAUCUCCUCGCGCGAGUGGCUGAACGUCGACGAGCUGGUGGACAAGAUGUGGGACGAGCUGAACCUCGUGCGCAUCUACACCAAGCCGCGCAAGAGCCCGCCGGACUACACGGCCCCGGUCGUGCUGCGCCGUGGCAAGUGCACCGUGGAGGACUUUUGCAAUGCGAUCCACCGCGAGAUCUUCAAGCAGUUCAAGUACGCCAUGGUCUGGGGCACGUCCGCCAAGCACCCCCGUGGCCAGCGCGUGGGCGGCGACCACGUCCUGGAGGACGAGGACUGUGUGACGAUUUUCAAGCGCUAG